AUGUCGCAGCAAAUUGAAUUCGAACAAUCAACAAGGAGCGUUAUUUCAAAUGGUUUCGGCGAUAGCACAGUUAAAAAACUCCAGUCAAGGGAUAACAAUGAUAGAAAAGGGCUGAAGAGGCAUACAUAUUCAGAAUGGUCCCGUUGGAGUGCAUGCCAGGGAGGACAUAAAACUAGGCGGAGACAUUGCUUGCGUCGGCGGAUUUGCGGCGAAUCUCUGCGAGUCGAAGUUGCAAGAUGCAGUGUCUCGCAGGACAAUACAAUAAGGCAUUUCACGCCAAAAAACAACACAGAACGCAAUCCUCAAAUCAACAGAGGGAAUAUUCAAAUAGGAAUGCCACAGCAGCCGCAGCUAAGGCAAAAUGACGAUAUACAAAAUCAAUUUCGAGGAUUCUCCUCUUGGGGACCUUGGAGUUCUUGUUCCCAAAAGUGUACAACAGUCAGACGCAGGUAUUGUCAAAAAUGGGCGCUUUGUGGAAACAAGGUAAUAAGGCAAUCUGCUUACUGUUACCUAGAAGGCAGUUACUGUCACCUUUGGAUUCGCAACAGGAUGCAGCGGCGAAAGGACCCAGAAUAUUCGAUAGCUGAAACUAUGGCACCGCCGGCGCGGGCUAUUCACCCGGAAGAUACACAUCCAACACCGCGGUCGCCACCUUGCGGUCGACUUGGGCGGUACCGUGGGCCCCAUGGACGUACUCGCACCCGCAUGAGGGACAUGCUUCGUAUAAUAGGCGGCCGCCCCGCCCCGCCCGGGAAGUGGCCUUGGCAAGUCGCCGUUCUUAACCGCUAUAAGGAGGCGUUUUGCGGUGGUACCUUAAUAUCCUUGCGGUGGGUGGUGACGGCAGCGCACUGUGUUCGCCGUCGGUUGUACGUUCGAUUAGGCGAGCAUGAUUUGUUUGUCCGCGGACACGGUGAGCUCGAAAUGAGGGUAGUGGGUGCCAUUGUCCAUCCUCAUUACGACCCCGACACCGUUGUGAACGACGUCGCUAUGCUGCGGUUGCCAGCACCAGCCCGGCCCGAGCUUGGUCACGGCAUCGCCUGCUUACCAGAGCCCCAGCAGCUCCUGCCCCCGCACACAACUUGCACCAUACUUGGCUGGGGGAAGAAGCGGGCCAGUGACGCCCACGGCACGAGAAUUUUACACGAAGCGCAAGUGUCCACGAUACAGCAGGGCGUGUGCCGUCGCUCGUACUGGCAGUACGCCAUCACCGACAACAUGGUGUGCGCUGGGCGUGGCAGGAGAGAUUCCUGCGCUGGGGACUCUGGUGGCCCCCUGCUCUGUCGUGACCGGAACAUGCGUUACUACUUACAGGGCAUAACGAGCUUUGGCGACGGAUGCGGCAAGCGAGGCAAGUACGGAAUCUACACCCGUACCGCCGGUUAUGUGAUGUGGAUGAGAGAUGUGAUUAAUAACAAAUAUUUUGACGAU